AUGGGUCACUCCUACGGAAAGAGAGCGGGCACCCGCUAUGCCUUCAGCCGGGACUUCCGCAAGAAGGGUAUGAUUGCCCUGAACACCUAUCUCCGACAGUACCGCGUUGGUGAUAUCGUCGACAUCAAGGCGAACGGUGCCGUCCAGAAGGGUAUGCCCUUCAAGGUGUACCACGGCAAGACUGGUGUCAUCUACAACGUCACCAAGUCUGCUGUCGGUGUCAUCAUCUACAAGCAGGUGAAGCACCGAUACAUCGAGAAGCGAAUCAACGUCCGAAUCGAGCACAUCCAGCAGUCCCGAUCUCGUGAGGACUUCCUCAAGCGAGUCAAGGCCAACGCCGAGGCCAAGAAGGAGGCCAAGGCCAACGGUACCGUCGUCCAGGUCAAGCGUCAGCCCGCUGGACCCCGUGAGGCUCACACACUGUCGCUUGCCGACAACCCUCCUCAGACCGUCACUCCUCUCGCCUACGAGACUACGAUCUAA